UCUUGGCACACACAGCUGAUGUUAUGGUUCGGCAUCCCGGAAGUCGUCAGAUCUUACGGGAAGCAUAAAUAAUGAAGCCUCCUCUGCUCGUCUGUCAAUAGCACUGUUUUUUUUUUUGUUUGUUUUUUUAAUAUUGUUGACUGAGUGCAUACCACAAUCGUAAAUGCAUGGUUUACUUUUAUUUAAAAAAAUUAGGAGACAUACUUCCCGGAUAUACAAAAAAAAAAAAACUAAGCGGAACGGUACUCCACAUGUAGUCUGUUUUCAAGGACUGAAACAAGAUGAACACCACUGUGCUACAUGAGAACGUACGCGGGUAACUUUGCACAGACGAGGGUAACUCCGCUGCUUUAACACUACUAUAAUAAGACAUUUGGAGAAAAAAGAAACUGUGGUGUGUGGUACUGUUUUGUCAUGGCGGAUAUUUUAGCACUCGUGUUUAGGACGUUCAUGUCAAAAACAGGUUUAAAGGAGGACCUCAAAAUCGCGCCUCCAUCACCCACAAGCGUUAGCGCGCUGUUGCUGGGAGACCACAGCAUCAGCCGCUCGUUGCUGCUUCUCGCGGCCGUGACAGCCGCCGAGACGGGGAUGAAAGUGAUGUUCUUCACCGCAACGCCAAUUCAAAGCCUGCCAGCGUCUCUGCAGAAAUGUAUACCCAGUGUGAGCCCCGAGAGUCUGAAGAAAAUCAAGUUUUGCUAUCCCUGCAGAGUGGAGGAGCUGCUUCAGCAGUUGGCCAGCCUUCAUGAGUCCAUCAGCAUGUCUCCUACACCUCCCUCACUGAUCAUAAUUGACAGGCUGGAGGGCUACUUGUGCAGUCCUGUAGGCGGCAUCACCACUGGAUUUUACCCAGGAGAGCUGUCCUGUGCAGCACACCUCUCUGCAUUGCUGUGUGACACUGCUGCCUUCCUCACACAACUCCUGAAACAACGCUCCUCCAGUUCAGCCCCCUGCCGCUUCAUAGCCUCCUUUCAGUCAGAAGUGGAUACUGGGCAAGCAGGUGGAGAGUCCGCUGCAACAGAUUCGAUCCUUCAUGUCCUUGAUCGCUAUUUCCAGGUUCGUUGUACUCUGGACAAAGACAGAAGCUAUGAAGCUGCAGCAGCUGGACUACAAGAGGUGUGGCACAUUUUCCUCUCCGGGACAGGGAACACACAACCCUCUUGUGCCAAAGACCAUAAGGACAGGCUAAGUGAAAACCAAGAGUGGCAGCUGUUAAUUUUUCCUGACGGAUUGAUGGAGUUUAAAUUGGUUUGAAUAUGUUUGCCCCAAUCACUUGAGCAGUGGGGGAGUUUCUGAGAGUAAUUUUGUUCAUGCAGGAACUAGUUUUGUUCUGAAAAGUGCUGAUAAGUGUUUGGAGGUGCUAGCUUGUUCUGAAAAGUGCUGAUAAGUGUUUGGAGGUGCUAGCUUGUUCUGAAAAGUGCUGAUAAGUGUUUGGCAUGGCUGAGCAUUGAGUUAAAGCAGUUAGCGAUUUAUAGCAGUAAUGCUACAGUAUGAUAGAACCUGCUGCUCUUUAUCUUCUCAGUUUCUCGUCGUUCCUGCUCAGAGCAGUCCUUGCCUUUUCUGUGGCUGAUAUGUUACCUCUGCUAUUUCAUCCAACCUUGUUGUCUUAAUACUGAUAAAAUACGUUUUUAUAUGCCCUCCACCCUUUCACAUAUCAGUUAACAGGACCAUGGUGGUUGCACAUGUACAACAUUUAAUGAGUUGAAAUGUCACAUAAAAAAGUACAUAGACACAGGGUAAUGGGUUUGUCGUAUAUUCAACAGUUGCUACAACAAAAAAAAAAUCCAGAGCCUAAAGCAAAGUCUCAGUUUGUGUUAAAAAAAACAGUUUAAAAAAAUAAAUAAAAAAUGUGGAUAUAAUAUUAUUGUUUGUUCUUUUUCCACAUAUACGUCUUUUUAGUGGUCCUGGCCUUUAGGUGUGGAACUUCUGAUGCUGAAGCGAGGGAGACAUUGUUCUUCAAUGGCUGAUAUCACUGUUAAAGUACUGUUACAUUGUUUAAUAAACAACAAAAUCAAAUGUACAGAAUAAUAUUUGGGACGACUCUUCAAAAUGAAAACAAGGAGUAAAAUAUAACUAUACUCUAAUGCAAACUAGUAAAAUGAUAUAUGAGGGGAGAAAAAGCCUACGAGAAAUCAUCACUUGUUGCUGUUUAAAUCAUGAAAGAAUUUGUCAGAGACAAUGACUUGGUUGUGAAUAUAUUUGUUUUUCUGGUGAUGCAGUUCGAUAUCUUUUAACAGUUUAAAAUUUCCUCCAACAGCUUGACAGUUUUUGGUAAAUGUAAGUCAAACCAUAACAAUGUUCAUUUGCUGAAGACAAUUUUUUACACUGGACUGAUGUAAAUGUGGGCGUUUGCAUAGCAAUACAUAGGUGGGGAAUAAAUUCAGUACCUGUGUUUGUUUUAAUAGGAACACAGUGCAGACGUUUUUAACCAUGUUACAUGUGUAGCAAUAGGAAUGAACGUGUUCCAGACUGAAAUGUUGUGAAUCGUUUUAAAAUACAUUUAGGGUCCUCAGGAUUUCACCUACUAUCAUCAUUAGGUCUAAGUCUGGAUUCCUCCCAUUCUUCCGCUUAAAGAGAUUCCAGUUACCGAUUGUUAUCAAGCUAGCACUGUAAACUUUGACAUUUAAAACUCAGAUGGGGAACACGAUUCACAUGCUGAACAUCAAAUUCAGCAUUGUCAAACCCAUUGUCACUAUAAUGUAAGCAUUUAUUAAAAAACAAACAAAUC